CUACCAUAAAAUACAUAUUACUCUCACUAACUUCUCUUCACCAGCAAAUGUCGUCGACCGCUCCUCUCUCCGGCUUCUUCCUCACCUCUAUUUCCCCUUCUCAAUCUUCUUCUCUCCAGAAACUCUCUCUUCGUUCUUCUCCCACCGUCGCUUGCCUUCCCCCUUCCUCUUCUUCCUCCUCGCGUUCCGUUCCAACCCUUAUCCGUAAUGAGCCCGUUCUCGCUGCUCCUGCUCCUAUCAUCACCCCUUACUGGAGCGAAGAGAUGGGUAGCGAAUCAUACCAAGAGGCCAUUGAAGCUCUCAAGAAACUUCUCGUCGAGAAGGAAGAGCUAAAGACGGUAGCGGCAGCUAAGGUGGAGCAGAUCACUGCAGAACUUAAGACAGGUGCUUCCUCCGACAAGAAAGCUUUCGAUCCCGUCGAAAACAUUAAGAAAGGCUUUAUCACUUUCAAGAAGGAGAAAUACGACACCAAUCCUGCUUUGUAUGGUGAGCUCGCCAAGGGUCAAAGCCCUAAGUACAUGGUGUUUGCUUGUUCGGACUCACGUGUGUGUCCAUCGCACGUUCUCAACUUCCAGCCAGGAGACGCCUUCGUCGUCCGUAACAUAGCCAACAUGGUUCCUCCUUUUGACAAGGUCAAAUACGGUGGAGUUGGAGCUGCCAUUGAAUACGCUGUUUUGCACCUUAAGGUGGAGAACAUUGUGGUGAUUGGCCACAGCGCUUGUGGUGGGAUCAAGGGGCUUAUGUCUUUCCCCUUAGAUGGAAACAACUCCACUGAUUUCAUAGAGGACUGGGUCAAAAUCUGUUUACCAGCCAAGUCAAAGGUCAAAUCAGAAGUUGGAGAUUCAGCCUUUGAGGACCAAUGUAGCCGAUGUGAAAGGGAGGCAGUGAAUGUUUCACUAGCAAACUUAUUGACGUAUCCAUUUGUGAGAGAAGGACUUGUAAAGGGAACACUUGCUUUGAAGGGAGGCUACUAUGACUUUAUUAAGGGUGCUUUUGAGCUUUGGGGACUGGAGUUUGGCCUCUCCGAAACUAGCUCUGUUAAAGAUGUCGCUACCAUACUACACUGGAAGCUGUAG